AUGUUGCAAUUCUGGUGUAGAUUUUAAUUGUUGUUUUGCUGCACAGUGAGGCAUUCAGUUUACAGACGUACAACCCAGCAUCAACAAGCGAUUUUCUUUCCAACGCUCUCGUCGUUAAGGUAGAAUCGACCGCAUUAGGUAAAUUGUUGUCCACAUACGGUGGAUGCAAGUGUGGUGGGAAAUUCCAGAAAGAUAGCAACACCAGCCACAGCAAAAGAAAGGCAAAACUUUAAAACACAUUGCAGGAUGACGCAGCAACAAGGCCAGGCGAUGUUUGCAAGAAUCACCUUUUACCCAUCACUGUUGUAUAAUGUGAUGAUGGAGAGAAUCACGGCUCGAAACUGGUACGACCGUAUCGAUGAAAACGUCAUCCUCGGUGCGUUACCGUUCCGAUCGAUGGCACAGGAAAUGGUUCGAAAGGAAAACAUUAAAGCGGUCGUGUCGAUGAACGAAGACUACGAGCUCUGGGCAUUUUCCAACAAUAAGGCUCGCUGGGCGAAGUUGGGCGUGGAAUUUCUUCAACUGGAAACGACCGACAUCUUCGAAUCGCCCUGCCAGGAAAAGCUGUGGAAAGGCGUUAACUUUAUGAACCGGUUUCUGCCAGAGAGCGAUAAAAUGGUACAGCUUCCGGCUGCUGAAGGACCACCGGUAGAAACGGGCACGAUAUAUGUGCACUGCAAGGCGGGUAGAACGAGAAGUGCGACACUCGUAGGCUGUUACCUGGUUAUGAAAAAUGGAUGGAGCCCAGAACAGGCAGUCGAGCAUAUGCGUGACUGUCGGCCACACAUAUUGCUGCGUAGCAAGCAGUGGGAGGCGUUACGGUUAUUCCACCAAACGAAAUGUCCACCAACGACACCAACGUAAUCCAGUCGUUAACACCUCAACCAACCAUGCAACGAACUACUGUUUCGAAUGAUACUAUUUAGCAAUAUUAGUUUAAAGGGAAGGGUAUGAAGCGGGAGGAGGGAAAGGUAAAGAAACGCCUGGUAGAUAGAAUCUGUCCGUUUAACGUCGAUUUAUUUACAUUAUCGAACGUCUCGCGGUGACCUCAGGGUUGAGACAGGCAAUUUAUACAUUUUACAAUAAAUUUGGUUUGAUUUACGAAA